AUGGGUGGUGGAAUAAUCUUUCGGCCGCAGCUCGUUGCUGCUGGUCAGUUGCCGUUGCUUGUUGGGCUGGCGGAAGUUAGUUUUAGAACUCGCACGCGGAAGUGCGACGCCGCCAGCGCCUCUAUCCACAAUCGGUCUCGCAACGGCGGAGCUUCCGAAAACCUGGACUCCUUGAUUGAUGUUGGUUACUUCUCGUCGACCGAGUGUAAAGAAACCAAGAUGCCCUUGGCUGGUCCUGUAAUAGAUCCCUGGAUCAACAUCGCCCCCAAGAGAGACCUUACGGCCCCCGUGGAAGUUAUGAUGGUGGAUGGAUCCUCAACUGAGUACUUGAAGAGCGAGUCUGACGGCAUCAACAACAACGCGUGUUCCUAUGAAAAUACCAAAUCCGACAAACCUGCGAAUGGAGCUCGAACCACGUCCGGCAAAAAUUGCACGACAACGUCCAUGGUUACGAUGGAUGAAGAUUCUCCCGAUCAUGAAAAAGCCAGUGAAAUGAAUGCGACUUACGUUUCCGAUUCUGGUCAUUCUCCUGGUGGAAACAAACAAUCACAGCCCGAGUUGAAGAAAUCUCCCGACACGGAUACGGAAGAAAUUGAAGUGAACGACGUUACCCGUGAUGGCCAUGAAAAGGCUACUCCUGAGCAAUUUGAGCUGUUGAAAGUUUUGGGUCAAGGAUCAUUUGGAAAAGUGUUUCUUGUCAAGAAAAUCAUUGGGAAAGACAAAGAUACCCUUUACGCCAUGAAAGUGUUGAAGAAAGCUACCUUGAAAAAUUCCCCUGGGAUUCCUGCGAGUGCAAAUGCCCAUGAUCUUUUUCGAGGCUUCAGUUUUGUGGCGCCCUCAAUCCUUGAUAAGGACACUCCAUGUAAACCGGCUCAACACCUCAUUGAAAGCAAAUUCAUACAAUGUGCGAAGCACACAAACAUCCAGGAUGAUUUUGAAAUCUUGGAGAAAAUCGGCCAAGGAAGUUAUUCCAUUUGCAAACGAUGCGUGAAUCGACAAACGAAGGUGGAAUACGCCAUCAAGAUUGUACCGAAAGAUAAACGUGACUGCAGGGAAGAAGUUGAUAUUUUGAGACGUUACGGUACUCACCAGAAUGUUGUAACGUUACACAGCGUGUACGAAGAUUCUACAAAUGUUUACCUCGUGUUGGAGCUCAUGAAAGGAGGCGAGCUAUUCGACAAGAUUGUGAAGCAGAAGUUUUUUUCUGAACGAGAGGCUGCUUCAAUAAUGCAAACCCUUGCUUCGACUGUGGCGUAUCUGCAUCAAAAUGGGGUUCAGAGAGGGGGUGUGGUGAAUGUUUUGAAUGACAGCAAUGUGUUGAACAUUCCUCACAGUCACACGCCAUUUGCCACCGGACCAGACGACACGCCGAAUGAAAUCUUGAAGCGCAUCGGGGAAGGGAACUUGAAACUCAACUCCGGAAACUGGGCGUCAGUAGUACUAACAGCAUUCCUGGCUGUCGUCCAACAGGACUUGGUUUCCAAGAUGCUGCACAUCGACCCGGCGAAACGACCGUCUGCUGCACAAGUUGUCCAGCACUCUUGGAUCACGAAUCGGGACUCCAACUCCAGUCAGCAACUCAUCAUCCGCGAUAAGAAGGGUAUUAAGGGAGCUUUAAAUGCAACGUUCCGUGCCAUAAGUCAGUCGCCUAAGGCUCCCAAUGUUGGACCUGUGGGAGCAUCCGCACUGGCCAGAAGACGGGGCAUGAACCGCCCUCAGGGUUCGACCGAGCCAAACUCAUGGAUGCAGUGCAACAAGCGCCACAGAUCGGUGUUCAAGCCUUCCGUUUCCCCACUCCCCCCGCGACAAAGCAAGUGGUGAAAAAAGAGGAAAAAAACGAGAAUUUUAUCGAGGUGUCUUUCGUGAUGAAGUGGGAUCAAUCAUGCGGAUAUCCGGAUUCGAGUAUUAUUUUUUCGGUGUUGGAUGUUACCACGCUUUGUUUUUCGGUUUUCCGACCGUUGCUCUGAUUGGAAAACGAGUGCCUGGUUCUAUCGUCCGCUUUCUCUGAAUGCUCCCGUUGAAACAAAAA